AUGUGGGCAGAAGGAAGGGAAGGACCUCCACCAUGCAUCAACUACACCAAAUGGAGGAAAAAGAAGACCUCAGCCCAACAAAAAUCUACAAGCACACAAUGUCAGCCUCUGGUUCAGCAAGAGGGAGGAAGAGGAAAAAUGUUGCUGGUCACAGAUAUGAUCCUGGUUGGGAACAUGGCAUUGAAGUGGAUGCUGCAAGCAAAAAGCUAUGAUCCUAUAUGGACCAUCAUUGAUAGAAGAUGGGAAUCCCAACUGCAUCACCCAUUGCAUGCUGCAGCAUACUUCUUGAACCCUCAAUUUCAUUACAGUCCCAAUUUUCAGCCCGAUGCUGAGGUUAAAAUUGGGCUGUACAAAUGUCUUGAAAGAAUGGUUCCUGAUGUUAAUGAGAGGGUAAAGAUAGAUUUGCAAAUUGAUGCAUUCAAGAGUGCAAAAGGACUCUUUGGCAUACAAAAUGCAAUCAUGACUAGAAAAAAGAAAUUUUCAGCUGAUUGGUGGGACUCUUUUGGUGAUGAAUGCCCUGAGUUGAAGAGGUUUGCAAUUAGGAUAUUUAAGUUUAACACGCAGUUCAUCGGGGUGUGAGCGAAAUUGAAGUGCUUUUGAGAUGGUACAUUCAAAGUGGAGGAAUCAUUUGCACCAAAAGAGAAUGAAUGACUUGGUGUUUGUCAUGUACAAUUUGAAAUUAAGACAACGACACACGAAUAGACAAGCAAUCGUAAAUCCAUUAUGUUUGGAUGAUGUCCCAUCAGAUGAUGAAUGGAUAAUAGAGAGAGAGACUCCAACUCUUCCAAGAGAAGGAAAUUGGUUGAGUGUGCUUGAUAGGAAUGCUCGACAUAGAUGUGAUUCGGAUGAAGACAAAGUGGAGGCCCUUGCAAGGAAUUUGGAAGAAGCUUGUCGUGAUCAUAUUGGUAGAGAACAUGAUGAAGUUCAUGAAGUAAGUAAUGAUGAUGCUAUGGAUCAAAACAUGGAUGCUCGAAGGAAUUUUGAUCAUGACUUUGAAGAUGCUACUAUUGGUGAAGACAUUGAGAACUUGUAUGGCACCGGGGGUGGUGAUGAUGAUGAUGAUGAUGAUGAUGAUGAUGAUGAUGUCGCAAUGAUUAAUGCUGAUUGUGGCAAUAAUGAUGAUAAUUUCGGCGACAAUAAUGACUUAUUAUAGUCUUUUAUUUGUUCUUCCUUUAUUUAGUUUGUUUUUUUUUCAUUAAGAAACAAUGACAAUGGUGUGCAAGUGUUGGUAUUUGCUUUUAUUAUGUUUUUGACUUCUUUUUUUGAAAAAAAAAUGUUUGAAUGCGACAUUGAAUUACUAUAUUUCUUUUUUGGGGACUUAUUCUACAUAUAUUUUGAUAAUAUUAUUUAGUCAUAUAAAAAUUAUUGCAUUUUUUUAUCAUUUUAGUAGGAUCUUACGAUCCUCAAUCCGAUCCUACAAUCCGAUCCGACAGACCCCCAAAACGAUCCUGUGUAGGAUCCUAAUCUUAACAACCUUGAUUGGUUUCGGUUGUUGGAUAGAUCGUUGAUGGGUACGGUGGGGAGGAAAGAUGGUAAGGGCCUCAGUUUCGCGAAAAUCUCGAAUUGGGUUGGUCGGUGGUGGUGGCGCAUUCAAGGAUGGUGGAGGUCCGACCGAUGGGGGCGACGGCUUUUCUGUUCAUCUUUCCAACUAGACGUGAGGCGAAGGUGACGAUGAGUCGCCGAUGGACAGUGGGUGGGCGUGAUCUUCUGCUUGAGUAGUGGUCACCUCUGACUCAAUGUACUUCAAGGAAGAUAUCAAUGCCGGAGAAAAGCGUAUGAAUUCGGGUGGUGGGUCUACCUCUUCAUCUUCAUGGAGAAGAGGUGUACUGGGUUCUUGAUGAUUAGUGUGGUGGUUUCGUGAAGGCGGAUGAGUCGUCGGUGGAUCUGGGUUGUAUUGGAUUGCGAGUGAGAUGUUUGGAGCAGACACCGUCACAAGUUUCCCUUCGAGGGGGUUGGUGGCAAUUCCUGUUGCUGGAAUGGUUGGAGGCAGCUCUGAUUGUCGAGCUGUGAUCGUCGACGGCCAAGAGGAAUGGAGGAUUUGGAUCGGAUAUGGCAAGGAAAGAUUUUGGGCAAUCUAAUCACGAAAAGUUAGGGAUUUGGGGGGAAGAGGAAUAUUUGCAACACUUUAGCGUGGAUAGGAGGAUCUUGGGUAUUCGGGGCAAAUUUCAGUAUAUGGGUCCUGGUGUAAGCCAUCCACAGGGGCCCCGUAGAGGACAAUUAGGCCUGGCAAAGGCCCACGAAGCUGGAUUUGGUGUUCUGGGCCGCAAGGCUUAGGCUGGGGUAAAUAAUAUUGGGGAGCAGCAACGGGCCAGUCAUACUCAGCAAGGUGUUUCUUCAAACCGUAAUUUAGGACCACAGGAGAUUGAUUUGGCACAACCAGUGUUAACCCAAGUCAAUUCUGAUCCUAUAGGGAUGGGUCGGGUUGACACGACUCUUGGUUGCUCUAAACUGGGCGACGUGAACUCAGGUGAAACAGGUCAGGUAGAGUUGGCCGAUGUGGAUAAUCACCAUCUCCAGUCAGACACGAAACUGGGGUGGGAGUUGGUGGCCCAUCGUGAUUCAAGCGGUGAUGUUCUUGGGUCACAACUGCCACUGGUUAUUGAUGGAAGUAGCUCUCAGUCGAGGAGUCCGGAAAAUAGCGAUGGUGAGGGAUGUCCAGAUACGACAAUGCCCCGGUGGUGUCUCUUGGGUUGAUAAAGGUGGACAGAGUGUUGAUAGCAAUGGUGAAGCCUUGCCCCUGGUUUUGCGUCCAUUAGCUACAACGGAGGGGCCGCUAGAGGAGUUCAUGGGUCCAAACCCAGAGAGGCUUCCCAAUAGUGGUGGGUUGGAUAGGGCUGACAUUCCAUCGCCUGAGGCAAUUUCAAAAUGGGUGCUGGAACGCAUCGGGAAGGUUAGUCGUUGUCUGGGUGUAUCAUUUGAAGGUCAUGAAGAGGAGGCUAUGCGAUUAUUUGGGCAGCAGAGGUUUCAUGGCGGCAGGGGGCUCCAAGUUAGGGAGUUGGCACUCCGUAUGUUACUCCUGGUAAACUGAAUAAGGAACUCAAGAACUUGGAGUGCACUGUUAAUUAUGAUCAUGGGAGGCAGAUUGUGGGAUGGGCUGCUAGAAAAGAUCGUAGGGGUCCAUUGUUGUUGAAAUGAAGUUAAAAAUCCUACCUUGGAAUGUGUAGGGUUUACAUGACAAGGAUAAAAGGGUAGCAGUGCAGGCUGUGUUGCGAGGUGCAAAAACAGAUGUUGUAUGUCUGCAAGAAACAAAGAUGGAGGAACUGGGCCCGGAGUUGAUCCGGGAAGUUUGGGGAGGCACUUUGCGGAGUGGGCUUUUUGCCAGCGGCCGGUGCGGCGGGUGGGUUCUUCUUUGCUAGGAUAGGCGGGUGGUGGUGAGGGAAGAGGAGGAGGAGGAGGAGGAAAUCGGGGGGUUUUCGGUUUCUUGUUUGUUUCGUUGUGUGGAGGAUGACUUUAGGUGGGUCUUUACUAGUGUGUAUGGUCCAGUGCAGAAUUCGGAACGAGGGAGUUUCUUAGAGGAACUGGGGGAUAUUGCGUUUCGAUGGAAUGCCCCAUGGUGUGUUGAGGAUGAUUUUGAUGUUAUCAGAUGGUCUUCGGAGAAGAUAGGAAGUAGUCAGGUUUUGAGUGCUAUGAGGUCCUUCUGCUCUUUCAUAGAUAACUUACAGUUGGUUGAUCUACCUAUUCAAGGGGGCAGUUUUACUUGGUCCAAUGGGCAGAGUUUGUCUCGAAUUGACCGCUUUUUUAUGACUGGGGGGUGGGAGGAGCAUUUUUUGGAGGUUGUCCAAGCACGUCUUCCUUGGCCAGUAUUUGAUCAUUGACCUAUUGUGCUUGAUAAUGGGAGGAUUCAUCGUGGUCCCAUGCCAUUCCACUUCGAGAAUAUGUGGUUGCAAACAGAAGGUUUUCUGGACUUGGUGUGUAGAUGGUGGAGUGGUUACGUCAUUUCUGGAAGUCCUAGUGCUGUGUUGGCCUAUAAAUUGAAAAUGCUUAAGGGCAAUUUGAAGAGAUGGAAUGAGGUGUUUGGUCACUUAGAGGGCCAAAAGGCGGAGGUAAUGUCUUUACUCCAAACUUUAGAUGAGUUAGAGGUACAAAGGGGUUUAUCCAGUGAUGAUAGUGUUCGGAAGGAGGCGGCUAGACAGGACUUUGUUCGUAUUGCUCGCAUGGAGGAGGUAUCUUUCAGACAAAAAUCUAGAUGUUUGUGGUUGAAGGAUGGGGAUCGAAACACGAAAUUCGUUCACAGGGUGGCGUGUGCACAUCGGUGGGUUAAUCAGAUUAGUAGGAUGUGGGUGGAUGGUCGAGAGCUCUGUACGAAUGAGCAGAUUAAGGAAGGGGUUGUGGGUUUCUACCAACAUUUGUUUCGUCGUCAAGCGGGGGCUUGGCGCCCAGGCUGGGAAGGGGUUCAAUUUGAUAUGAUCUCGAGGGAGGAUAAGGAGAGUUUGGUGCGUUCCUUUACAGAGGAGGAGCUGUAUGGGGCUCUACAAACCAUGAGUGGUGAUAAAGCCCUAGGUCCAGAUGGUUUCUCAAUGGCUUUCUUUUAGCAUUGUUAGAGCGUGGUUAAGAGAGAUGUGAUGGCGACUCUGGAGGCUUUCUGUGUCAGGUCAAUUUCAAAAAAGUUUUAAUGCAACUUUUUUGGCUUUAAUUCCUAAGAAAUGGGGGGCCAAGGAUGUUCAUGGCUUUCGGCCUAUCAGCUUAUUGGGGAGUGUUUAUAAGUUAUUGGCUAAAGUUCUUACGAACAAACUUCAAGGAGUCUUGCUAGCUGUGGUGUCUGAGUCUCAAAACGCAUUUGUAGGAGGUCUGCAGAUUUUGAAUGCAGUGUUGGUUGCUAAUGAGUGUGUAGAUUUUCGGAUUCAACAGAAGCGCCCAGGUUUGAUUUGCAAACUGGAUAUUGAGGAGGCAUAUGAUAAUGUCAAUUGGGAUUUCCUCUUGCAAGUGUUGAAUCGUAUGGGAUUUGGGAAGACUUGGUGCCAAUGGAUUAAGUUUUGUAUUUCGACUGUAUGGAUGUCUAUUCUGAUUAAAGGAACUCUAGUGGGGGUUUUUUCGUCGUAUCAUGGUCUUCGGCAAGGGGAUCCUUUGUCACCUUUCCUAUUUCUUUUAGUGAUGGAGGCGUUGAACAAAUUGUUGGAAGGUGCCGUGCGCAAUGGUCUGUUGGAGGGCUUUGAGGUGGGUUCGUUGUCUGGGGUUUUUGUGGAUGAUGCUCUGAUUUUCUGUGGGGAUGAAAUGGAGCAGAUGGGUCAUUUGAGGUAUGCUUUGUUAUGUUUUGAGGCAAUGUCGGGGCUCUGGGUUAAUCUGCGGAAGUCGGAACUCAUUCCAGCCAGGGUGGUGGAUAGGUUACCAGUUCUAGCUGCAGUUUUGGGUUGCAGGGUGUCCGUUUUGCCGGUCUCUUAUUUAGGUUUGCCGUUAGGAGCUUCAUUCAAGGCGAAAGGGGUAUGGAAUGGAGUAGUGGAGCAGGUUUAGAAACGUUUGGCGGGUUGGAAGAGACAGUUUUUGUCGAAAGGAGGGCGGCCGACUCUGAUUAAAUGUGUGUUAAGCAACAUUCCGACCUACUUCAUGUCAUACCAGUGUCAAUGGCACAACGGUUAGAAAAACUUCAAAUGGAUUUUCUUUGGGGUAGUGGGGGUGAUGCUUUUAGGUAUCAUUUGGUUGAUUAGGAGGUGGAUUUGUCAAUCUAAGCCUGCAGGGGGUUUGGGGGUGAGGUGGUUGGUGACUUUUAAUAAAGCCUUGUUAGGCAAGUGGUUGUGGUGGUUUGCUUCGAAGGAAGAUAGGUUUUGGCGAAAGAUGGUGGCUUGUAAGUAUGGGGUGGAAAGGGGGGGUUGGCUCUCUGCGGACGUGAUAAUCUCGCAUGGUUGUGGGUUGGAAGGAAUUUUGGAGGUGGAUAAGAUUUAGGGUGGGAGAUGGGUUGAGGGUGAGGUUUUGGAUGGAUAUCUGGUGUAAUGGGGAGUCACUGGGAGCCCGUUUUCUGUUGAUUUUUAAUAUUAUGGUUGAUCGGGAGGCGACACUGGCAUCUUAUUUAGGGGGUAGGAAUGGGGUGAUUUGGGAUAUUCAGCUUCGGCGUGAGGUGGAGUUGUGGGGUUUCUUAUAUGGGUUGGGAAUUAAUGGGGUGGGACACGAUGUUAUGGUGUGGAAUGGGGUGCAGGCAAAGGGGAGGUUUACAAUUGCAUCCUUCUAUUGGGCUUUGAUGGGGAUGGCAGCAAUGCUUUUCCUUGAAAAAGUGUUUGGGUGCCAGGUGUUCCAUCUAAAGUGACGUUUUUCAUGUGGACGGCAGCUUUAGGGAGGAAUCUCACUCUAGACAACUUAGUGCAGAAUGGUCAUGUUUUAGUGAACCAGUAUUGCAUGUGUUGUGUUGCUGCUGAAUCGGUGGACCACUUGUUUCUUCAUUGUUUGGUGGCGUCUCGGUUGUGGGCUUUCAUUUGUUCUCUCUUUGGGGUUGCUUGGGUCCAACCGAAAGGGGUGUUCGAUAUGCUGUGGGUGUGGCGGGGUGUACAGAUUGGGUGUCAGCGUCGGAGGGUGUGGUUGUUGGCGCCGUUUUGUUUGAUGUGGCUUGUUUGGUUGGAGCGGAAUCGGCGUACAUUCUUAGAUGUUUUUCAUCAGGUUGUUUGGUUACAAAAUCAUUUACUUCUUGUCUUGUCCUGUAUAGCUGGUUGGAGAGGAAGGCUGAUCUAGAUUUGUUUUAUUUUUUAGAUUUUCUAGAUGAUGUGGUUGGCUAGUUUGUUUUUUUGGUUUCCCCAUUGUGGGACAAUCGUUUUGUAUUCAUUGCAUCAUCUUCAUGCUUUUCUUAUAAAAUUUGUUUAUUUAUCAAAAAAUAAUAAUUUGACAAAUGAAGUGAACAAGAAAUAUAGCGAACGAAGAAGAACCAUAGAAUGGAUCAAAUCCUUAUUUCCCUCAGCUUUUCGUGCCAAGAACAACAUAUAUCCAGACACAACCCAACUAAAGUUUUGCCAGUUUAUAAUGCCAUGCCCGCAUAAAUGAAUUCGUAAAUUCACUAGUAGGAUAGGAAGUCUCCAUACAGGACGGCAAAAAAUUGUUUCUUGCCUCAUAAAAACCAACCCAUAAGGUAAAAUCUGCUCUGCUCACCAUGGCCACCACUAAAAUUACAAUAAAAAAAUUGGAAAAUAUAUAUCACAAUGAAAAUGGGUUUGUACUAAAGAUAAAUUCUAGUGUAUUUCAUAACAUCUCUCUGUCUUUCGCUCUCUUUUAACAUCUUUCCACUCUAGGUUAAAGAAGACAAAAAUCUGAAAUUGUUGCGUUUAAACAAAUUACCCAUCAAUGUCUGAAACCCUAGAUAUGUAAAUUUGAAAUACAAACAUGUAUGCAAACACAUCGAUGAAUAGAGAGAAUGAG